AUGUGUCCUGCUUCUACAGGAAUUUUCUCACCACGGCGCUUAGUGAUAACAUUUAGGUUCGUAUUUGGACACGAAACUCGUUCAUGGAUGAACGAGCAACCCAAUUCGGGUUUGAGAGGAUCGUUAACGGGUGAUCACAUACCGUAUAUUUUCGGUUAUCCGCUGGCCACUGGCGAUAGUGAAGAAAAGCUCUAUUCUGGGUUCAGCGCUGAGGAUCGAGGAAUUUCUCAGGUUAUGAUGCAUUAUGUAGCGAAUUUCGUCAAAUCCGGCGACCCGUCAAAGCCAGCGUCUAUGCAGAAAUCGUUCCCUAUGGGUGACGCGUUUCAUUCGACAGCAUGGCCCCAGUUUGAUCAACCAAAUCGCGAAGCGUAUCUUGAAAUCAGUAAGAGUUACCCAUAUUUUCCAUAUCGAUUCACAAAAAGGUUGCUGGAGAAUCCUAUUACAGCCGAUCGACCACGCGUGAAGAACUACUAUCGAAACGCUCGAGUGGGAUUUUGGACUAGCUUAGUUCCAGCUAUUCACUCCGCUGGAAAGGAAGGUGGAGAUAUACCUGAGGAACAUCAUCUACUGCCGGACCACUUCCGAAAGGACUCGUUUUUCGGUCGAGUGAGGUCAUUCGCACCGUAUGCGAAUCAUCCAUUCCCGGCUCCACCACUGCCACCGUCACCUCCACCGGAAAACAUAAAGAGGACUACAACUAUGAAACCGCCAUCGGCGACUCCACCACCACCGCAUGACAAUUCAGCUGUAGCUACUAGUCAGUACAGUACCAUGCUAUCAGUAACGGUAGCUGUAGGAUGUGGCCUUCUGUUUUUGAAUAUCUGCGUAUUUUUCGGACUUUAUCGUCAGUGUGACAAGAAUAAGCGAUCAAAGAAGAAAUUGCAACUGCAGUACCAAACUUACGCUUCAAAUCAGGCGUCAGUCCCUGAUCAAUACAACAAUCCCAACUCACCGGUACAGUUUUCUAAGCCUUACAGCUUUUUUAUUUAA